AUGUACAGUAUCGCAAUUUCUAAACUCUGUUACGUUUCCACGGUGCUAAAACAACAAUAUUUAGCGAAAUAUCGUAUUGUUUUUUAUCCUAUAUUGCGUUGUAAAAUACAUUGCGUCAAUCCUUCUGUAAUUAUGGCUUCAAAGUGUUUUAAUGGAUGUAAUGAUCACUACAAUGGCGUAACUAUUGACUCAAAUGACGAAUUUUGUACAUCUGAAGUGUUCGCUCGUCGUCUUACAGCAUCUUUACAAAAAUGGAAAGAAAAUAAAAAACGCACAAUAUGGUUCCGUGUACAUUUACCACAAUCAGAAUGGAUACCGUUACUUGUGAAAGAAGGAUUCAAAUUUCAUCAUGCAAAACAAGAAUAUGUUAUGCUUUAUCGAUGGUUAGUUACAGAUGAGGAAUGCAAUGUUCCACACUAUGCACACACCAAUUUAGGAGUCGGAGGAUUUGUCUAUAAUGAGGAAACUAAAGAAAUUUUAGUUAUCAAAGAGAAAUAUGCAAAUGGUCCACCUAUUUGGAAAUUACCAGGUGGUUAUGUGGAACCAGGAGAAGAUUUAGAAGAAGCUGUAAAAAGAGAAGUUUUAGAAGAGACUGGUGUUCAAACUACCUUUAGGUGUAUAAUAGGUUUCAGACACGUUCAUGGUUACGCCUUUGGUUGUUCUGACAUAUACAUGAUUGCCUAUUUAUCACCUAUUGAUAUCAAUAUUAAAAAAUGUGAAAAAGAAAUUUCUGAUUGCAGAUGGAUGAAGGUAAAUGAUUAUUUAGAGCAUCCAGAAGUAUCUGAAAAUAAUAAACAAAUUGCAAAAAAGAUAAUAGAAUUUUUCAAACACAAAAUGGGGAUUGUUGUGAACCAUGAAAUACAUUUUGCAACAAACAAACCUAUUUGUGUAUACAGCAUAUCCAAAAUCGGUGAUGCAUAGCAAUACGCAGAAUGAUUAAAAUAUAUACAUAUGGUCAAUUAA